AAUUUUGCUUGACCAGUGCCUUGUGGCGGGCCGAAAGGGCUGGCCGCUGCCCGCUGGUGCCGUCUGGCGUGGCGGGUUUUAUGGAGAAGCGAGCUGUUUUAAGACGAUGCUCGGGCGAAGGUUGGAAGAAGCGUCGGCGAUCACUUCGCGUGCCAGGGGCCCAGGACGCCACAUUGCAGAGACGGAGAUAGGGACACGAGCGAAGCGCGACAACUCAAUAGGCCUUGGAUAGGCCGUAGAAACUGCCACGCCUCGGCAAACCUCCCACACUGUCAGCCCCGGCACCUGUGCCUGUGUUGCUUUUUGCCAGCAUGCAGGCCGUAUGCAAAGCCGGCCGGGGGGUGUGUAUUAUUCAUGCAGCAGGAGCGAAGUCGGUGAGCUGGGACCUGACGUUGAUGACGGUGGCUAAAAGAUGGUGGAGCGCGAGGCGGGUUCGUAGUGGGUGUGUUGUGGAGAAGGAUGAUGCCAGAUUGAGGCCCAUUUCAGCUUCCCGGGAAGCACAGCCCGGCACUCGCAGUUUUGCGUGCUCCCAUUGUUGCACGCGCGGGUCAGCCGGGCUUUGCUUGGGUGUUGGGGCCUCGACACUCUGGCUUUCCACCGGCCAGCGCGCGGCGGUGGCACUUGGCGUUGCGCGGAUCUCGCUGGACCCGCUAGGUGGGAUCCAUCUAGCUUUGCACGGAUCGCCGAACCCUGCAUGGCUUUCAGGAGCAUUGACGCUGGCAAAAGCAGAAAUGUGGACCGCUGGUUUGCAAAAGGGCGAGAGGCCAUUUUCUCCCCCCUCUGAAUAAUCACACUGGCCACAGGGUGAAUAAAAGGGCGCCUUGCUCGUCUCAGCUCGCUUGCUCACUCCAGCUUCUCCCAUUCACCACUUCCUUCCCUUUUCGACCUUUGCGUCACGCCUUCCGCCUUC